UUUUAAAACAUUAAAUAAAUGUAAACAUAUCAAAUCUAACUAUGAAAAUGCAAAAAAUAAAUAUGAGGCUGAUAUACAACACCUACAGUCAGAGAUACUCCACCUACAUGACUCUUUAAGCAUAAUUAUAACUAAAUAUGACACAUCACAAAAAGAAAUUGGGGAAUAUAUACUGGCAAUGAAAGGUCUGGUGGAUUUGUGCAGUGAAAAUGAGAAUGUAUAACUCCCUUAUAAAUAGUCAAACAUCAGACUGUAAAACAGAUUUGCCGGACUGUUCACAGCCAGCUAUUUCUCUGGAGUGUGUACCACCGAUCACUCAUCCUGUAGCAUUGUGUAACAGUCUCACAAGUACUUCCUUCGUCACGCCAAUAAAUAAUAAUUUAUUAAGUAAUAACAACAACAAAAUAAUGAUGUUUAGUUAUGAGAUAGGUCAAAACAUGUCGCAUAAAUUAUAUCAACAUUUUGGUGAUGAGAUAACCAAUUGCUGUAUGCCUGCAGCAAAUUAUAAACAGAUUCUUGACAAAAUAAUGAGUGGGUAGCUAUAGUCCAUCCACAACUAUCAUAGUUAUAAUUGGGAGCCUCUAAAGAAAAGUCAUAUAUGGAAGUUUUUUACGAAAAUUGAGGGAAAUGAGAAUCUUGUAAAGUGCAAAAUUUGUCAAAAACAAAUUAAAUCUUGUGGCAAUACAUCAAACCUGUUUAGCCACGUAAAAAAAUAUCCAUAAGGCUGCGUUUUUAGAUAUGAAUAAAGAAAAUUCGCAAGUGUUGAACAAUGUCAACUUCUAUAUAACUAACUAACUAAAUAUCCACAAUGAAACAAAUGAAGCAGAUUCUGAACCUGUUUUUCCCAGCCCUGAACCACUGCCAUCAACAAGUACAGCUGCGUCAAAAGGUAUCCAUGUCGAUAAUCCUGUACCUCCGCCAUUAAAACGGCAAAAGUCGAUUCAUGAAAGCUUCGAAAAUAUAUCUGCUUAUUCGGAAAGUGGCAAUAAAACUUUGAAAGUCAACAAUGCCCUCAUCUACAUGAUUUGCAAAGAUAAUCAACCUUUCACGAUUGUAGAAAAUGACGGUUUUCGUAAUCUUAUGAAAGUAACUGCACCACAUUACAAGCUUCCAAGGAAGACAACGUUGACUCGCUGGGUUGAUGACAAAUAUGAUGCAUUAUCAGCUGUGUUUAAAAAUAAACUAAAAAGUGUAGAAAAUAUAACACUUACAACCGAUAUGUGGACAGAAACAAUGAGUAUGAGAAGCUUUCUUGGAAUUACCGGUCACUUUGGUAUAUGUACCGAUUUUUUUUCUAUUACUCUUCGAGUAUAUCAGUCAUUUGACCGUAACACUAAUUACGCGUAAUUGUUCUGAAUGGAACAUUGACGAUAAUAAAGUUUCGGCUGUAGUAACGGAUAACGCAACAUCUAUGAUUAAGGCGGUCGACCUGGCUUUUGGUAAAAAACACAUACCGUGUUUUGCGCACACUCUAAAUUUAGUUGCGCUAAAUGCGAUUCAACACUGUCCAGAAUUGCAAAAUCUAAUAACUAAGGUCAAGACUAUUGUAACAUGGUUCAAGCAAAGUAAUACAGCAAGCAAUGAAUUAAGAAAAGCCACAGAAAAAGAAACAAAGUUAAUUCAAGAAGUUUCAACAAGAUGGAACAGCACUACCUACUAUAUGAUUGAGAGAUUUUUAGAGUUACGUAUUGUAAUCAAUGAAAUAAUAUUUCGCCAUAAGACAGCGCCACCUAUGCUCAAUGCAUCAGAACUGUCAGUUCUUUCUUCUGUGUUAUUAGUUUUAAGACCGCUGGAAGCUGCUACUAAAGAAGUUUCUGGGGACAGAUACUGCACAAGCAGCAAGGUGAUUCCGUUAGUUCAUUGCUUAGUUUUAAAAAUUCAACCUCUCCAAUUGGAAGAUUCGCUUGCCAAUGAAUUGAAAUCGUUUGUGCUUAAUGAAAUUGAAAAAAGAAUGGGCGCUAUCGAGAGGGUAACUCCACUCGCCAUAGCAACUGUAUUGGAUCCCAGGUAUAAAAAAAUUCACUUCCAAGACGCACUUGCUUGCUCCACAGCAGUCGCAAAAAUUAAAGACUUUAUGAAAAAUACUACACAAAAUAUUGAAAUGUCCGAAUCAGAUUCUGAUCAAUCUGAAAAACUAGAAGAGAGCUUUUCUUUAUGGGAUAAUCAUCACAAACUAGUAAGCAAGAGUUGGAAAUCAUCACAAUCAGAUGAUGCAAUUUCUGAUGAAUUAUCAAUGUACUUGCGUAGUCCAGUAGUAGGAAGGCUCAAUGAGAAUCCUUUAGAGAUUUGGCAAGAUCUAAAAAUUCAAUUUCCUAAGCUUUAUAAGAUUGCCUUCAAAUAUUUGACUAUUGUCGGGACUUCUGUUCCAUCUGAACGAUUAUUUUCUAAGGCUGCUCAUAGUUAAUCCACAAAGAAAUAGAAUGAAAGGUAAAAGAUUAAGUAAACUUUUAUUUUUGCAAAGUUUGUCUAAAGAGCAUUGAUCUAACCCAUUUGGAUCUGCUGUCCCUGUACAGGGACAGUUGUUCAACUACCCACAAGUUUUUAUAUAUUUUAGGUAUCUAUAACAAUUAACUGGAUUUCGUAUGCUUAAUAGUGUAUCUUAGAAUUUAUUUAAAAAAAUUGACAGUUUUUUGGAAUAUUAGUGAUACAAUUGUUAAUUUCGUCCGCGCAAGUCUACACAAAAAUUAUCUCCACAAGGUAAGGCUUUUUAUCGUAUGUUUAUAAGCAAAUUUUUAACACUUUUUUGUAAUUAUUAUUAGAUUGUACUAUCAAUAACCAUAUAAUAUUAUAAUAUAUGAAUAUUUUUAAGUUUUGGUGAAUAGACGUCAUAGUUUACUCAGGUGUCCCUAU